CCCCAUGUAUCUCCGGGGGUCCCAGAGCUGCUGCCCUCGGGGACAGAGUCAGGAUCCCGCCGGAGAGCCAGCGCCUGUGGGAACGGACCAGUCCCCCAUUCUGUGAGGCAGAGGGAAGGAGACAGGAAGGGGAAGGGUGAAAGUGAAAGGGCGGCAGGAGCAAAAGGUGCUGAGGGAGGUUCCCAGCUCCCAGCCCUGCCUGGAAACAUCCCUGCAUCCCCUUGGAGAACCUGACUCUGCUGGGAACAAUGGGAGGAGCUGCGGGAGGGAACGCUGGAUCCUGGCCCGGCUGAGUCCCCGCGCUGCUGGGGGGAAGGGCUGCCCAAUGUCAGGGGAACCCCCCAAAGUGGCUCCUUAGCUUCUGCUCUUUUCUUUGUUGUAGAGACUCCAUCCCUGGGGGCGUUUCAAAGUGCCUGAGGACUGGCUGGCUGACAGGCCCAGGAGACACAUCGAGAGUUCGCUCUAGAGCGCCCGUCUGCCAGGGGCCAGGGCCAAGCAAUGGCCGGGAUGGAGCCAGCUCAGAUGCGGGUGACCUUCGAGGAGGUGGCUGUGUAUUUCACCCCGGGGCAGGGGGCGCUGCUGGGCCCCGCUCAGAGAGCCCUCUACAGGGACGUCAUGCAGGAGAACUACGAGGCGGUGACCUCGCUGGGAUUCCCCAUUCCCAAGCCUGAACUGAUCACCCAGCUAGAACAUGGGGAAGAGCCGUGGGUCCCGGACCUCCAGGCCGACAAGGAAAUGGAGAGCCUGAAAGGUACCCGCACAGGAGGUGAUGGGAUAGAGAGUGAGAACACGGAGGAAUGUCAGCAGCAGGAAGGUCCUGGGAAAGUUGAACGAAGG